GGUGUGGAGUCACUGUGGUGGAACUGGUGAAAGAGUUGUUGAAUUCACAGGGUGAGAGAAAGAGAGGGAGAAACGAUGACGUUGGGGUUGAUCAAUGCUAAUCCGAUCGUACACGCCAAGAAGGAGAGAAUCGCUCGUACCGAAGAUCUCCAUGGCGAUGAUGCCGUUGAUCCCCUCGAAAUCUAUGAUUUUGUGAGGGAUAUUAGAGACCCAGAACAUCCUUAUUCCCUUGAACAGCUGAGCGUUCUCUCUGAGGAAUCCGUUACGGUCGAUGAAAAGCUUGGACGUAUUCUGAUAACUUUCACCCCCACUAUACAGCACUGUAGUAUGGCACCGGUCAUUGGUUUAUGUCUUCGUGUUAAACUGAUGGGAUGUUUCCCUCCGCAUUACAAGGUUGAUAUUAAAGUCUCCCCUGGCUCUCAUGCAAAUGAAGAAUCAGUUAAUAAGCAGCUGAAUGAUAAAGAAAGAGUUGCUGCUGCACUGGAGAAUCCCAACCUUCGCCAACUUGUAGAUGAAUGCCUCUACUCAAAUGAACUCUAGGGGAGCUUGUGAGUUUGUUGUAGAGCAUUUUGUACAGUAAAUAUGCUGUUAAUUGGUGUAUGCUGCCAUACAUGACUUCUAUUUUGUAUCAAUGUGUUGGAUCCCAUUCUGCUUUCA